CAUUAGGACACUCACACACCCCUUCCGCUCGACACCUAAUUCUAAUCAGUAAUCUCUCUCUCCCUCUUUCCCGGGUUUCCCCCACGCAAUUGCUUUUUCCUUGCCCUCGGAAGUUAAACAUUCCGUGAGGCCUAAACAAGUCGCCAAAAUUCCACCUUAUACGUCUGCCGAUAGAUAUUACGGGGAGAGAGAGAGAGAGAGAGAGAGAGAGAGAGAGAAACUCCAAGCAAGAAGCAAUCCAUGGACUCAGUGGCUCCCUUAAAGCUCUCCCUUUUGCUUUUCCUUGCUUCUAUAUCUUUGGUUCCCGUACCUUUCGCUCAAGCCACGAAUGUCAAAUACUGCGAUAAGAAAGGUGGCUAUCCUGUGAAGGUCCGAGGUGUUAAGAUAUCACCCAACCCUGUGGUGCCAGGCAAACAAGCCACCUUUAACAUCUCAGCUUCAACCGGCAAAGUCAUUGAUGGUGGGAAAGUGGUCAUUGAGGUUUCUUUCCUUCGAGUGCCUGUUCAUACUGAAAAGCAUGAUCUUUCUGAGGAGAUAUCCUGCCCUAUUGCAGUAGGCAACUUUGUCCUCUCACAUACCCAAACUCUACCAGUAUUCACCCCGCAUGGCCCUUACACGCUAAAGAUGAAAUUAGAGGAUGAUAAAAAUCAACUGUUGACUUGCAUUAGCUUCGAUUUCAAAAUUGGCUCUGGAUCUCUUGAAGUCUUCUAGAUGAAUAGCUAGCACAUGGUCCUAGAUUGGUGCGUAAUCCCAGUUAGAAUUGAAUCUCCAGUCCGGUGAGUAUAUAGUGUACUUUUUAGUGGCGUGUAAUCCCAAUCCCGGUUGGCAUUUGGUUGGUAUUCUCAGACAAAAAAUACCAACUAAAAUAAGGUGGUAAUCUCUACCUCUGGUACUUAAUAGUUGUAUAUGAUGUCUCCAUCGCGUUCGAAACUCUUUUUCAUUUAGUUCGCUGUUUGUGGAUUACAAUGCAUCCUCCUCAUUGGCAA